AUGAUGCACAACUACAGCAACGAAAGUGACAAUUCGACACUGAGAUUUGUUGAUGCGGUGGAGCUUGUGGAAAUAUUCAAGAUUAUUUUUGCAGUCGUGGGAAUCGUAGAUAACUUUCUGAUCUGUUUAAUAUUCAUACGUGUCCGCAAGAUACGCACUGUAACUAACUAUUUCAUAGUAAAUUUGGCAGUAGCCGAUUUGAUCGGAUCGCUGUUGCUUAUGCCUUUCCCGUUUCCAACUAACAUCGGACCCGGUUUGUUUAGCGAAGCGUACUGUCAGGUUAUCUGGUCCAAUUUGCUCUUCUGGAUAACAAUCAAGGCGUCGAUUUUCAACCUGGUUGCCGUCACAAUUGAACGUUACUAUGCCAUCGUAUAUCCAAUCUCUCACCAAAUUCGGUUCACUAAGAAAAAGGUUAAAAUCGCCAUUGCGUGUGUUUGGUGUGCGGCCUUUCUUUCCAACAUAUUCAUAAUUUACCAUGUACAUUACUGGGACGGUAGAUGUGUCACGGGAUGGUUAGAUACAGGGAAAAACUCUCGAGCCGCUAUAGCUGUUUUCCUUUUCCUCCUGACGUUCUUCAUACCUGUAUUCAUCAUUAUCGUAGCAUAUUCACGUAUAGUCGCAUCUCUUAAAAAACAGUCUCAAUCGCUCAAUGGCCAGAUGACAGGCGUGCGCCGUGGAAACUGCAGUCAAUCGAUUCUCCAUGCGAGGGAGAACGUUGUCAAGAUGCUGAUGUUGGUUGUCGUGGUUUUCAUAGUAUGUUGGGCUCCUGAUCAGUGUUUCUACUUGGCCUAUAAUCUGGGACUUUCCUCAAACUACGUAUCUAGUACACUUGGAGAGUUCUUGGUCUUAUUGGCAUAUUGUAACUCGUGUAUAAAUCCCAUUAUAUAUGCACUCAAAAAUAAACAGUUCCAGCGAGGUUUCCAUGUUGUAUUUUCGACAAAAAAACGUGUGUCUCCUGGGAAUACUUCAAUGUGGACAGUCACGGCAGGUCGGAAGAUCGAGCAAAGCGGCACAGCUUCCGUCUGA